AGGUGUCGUGUACCAUCUCUGAGUGGAGAAAACAAGAAGUUGGAGGAGGUAGAUGAAACCUCCGGGAUGGAGAAAGGCAUCGAAAACGAAGAAAACGCAACAUUGUCAUCGACACCUAUGUCUGAUGAAGAGAAACCCUCAGUUUCGGAUGAGCAGGAUGGAAACAACAGCGAGACGAGUGGGGAUCAGUUCCUGGGUACAAACUGUAACAACACAUGUUCAGAUGCCUCGGAUUGCGAUGGACAGCCGUCACACAACUCCCACAUCAAAAUGGAUAUUACCAUAGAUGAUGAUGAUGCCCUGUCACAGGGUUCAAGGACGUCUGCCAUAACUCCGUCAACGUACGCCGCGUCGUCAGUGUUGACUCUGACGUCAGUGUCUCACGACAGUGUUGUCAGUGCCGGAACCUUACUGUCCUCGUGUACUAUCCAUUCCGACCAAGUACCUGUCCCCUGUGCUCACAGCAACAGAAAGACCGCCUCUCUGUUGCUGUGAGCAACCUCCUCAAAGUUCGUCACAACCGCUGCCUACGUGCAGCACCCACCAAGACCGCACAACCAGGAGAAAUCGCAUAUUAAAGUCCAGAAUCAAACGCCUUCAACGGAAACAAAGGCAUGUCAAGAAGAUCAACAUGGAAAUGUCUGACAGGACCGCAGGAAACAUUGACUUUCACCUCAGCACAGUUUCUGAGAAGAGCAGCGCAGACGACUCCAGCCGAGCGAAGUCAAAGAAAAGCAUGCACGACUAUCUGUCGCUCAUGUCCGAUGAUGAGUUACCCAUCAAAAUAAUGAGCGACAUCAAGCUGAAAAAAUACUUGCUGGAGCUGAAGGCUUUGAAGAGCAAGUACAAGCCGUCUUACAAAACCUCAUCCCUGCGGUCGAACUCAGUGAUGGACGCGAUGAGUGAGCUAGACCUCUACUUUGCUACGGUGGAAGCGAGCAUAGACAGCGAGGAUAGCCUCAUUUCCGUUCUGUCGUCUGACAGCGAUGAUACCCUGUUCGCUAUGCAAUGCAAAGCCAAAAGUCCACCCUGCGACAAGGAUUCGCCCUUCGAGGACGACCUUACUUCGAAUUCUUCGGACUCGUUAAAUUUCUGUUUCAUUUCGUCUCACCUUCUUGCCUCACCUGCAGCUUCUACAACGGUGCAGCAGGUGUUCCAAGCCCGAGCUGAAGCGGCCCUAGAACUAGGGACGAUGAACAUGAGCGCAGCCAUUGUCAACAAUGAAUCUAGUCCGUCAUACCACUUGAAUGCAAGCGUGAAGAAUGACAAAACGACCGUUCAGAUGUUUGGAGAUAAAUCUCUCAAUCAUGCACAGAAAGCAAGUCUUCUCCACAGUCCAGUGAAAGAUAAAAAGGCUCCGUCUGCUCACUGCGCUUAUCUCUGUUCUCCUUGUCAACCUACCGCCCCACCCAAGCACCCUUGCUCUCAGUUAGCAGUGUGUCAGACCGCGCCCUGGUCCGUCAUUCAGGAUGAACUACGCUUCUCCUCCUCCGAAGCAGAGGUACCUAGAAAACGAUGUUUAACAGGUCGAGUUCAGGACCGAGAGGUCAUGACCUGCAGGCAACCUAACCCCUAUAAACAGAGACUGAGAUCUUGCCAGACCGAGAGACCUCACUGUUCCAAGUGCAAAUGAAAGAAGAAGACGCGAUGAGAGGAGAAAAUGUUUGUCGGAACGCCUGUCACCUACAAAUGAGUUCUUCUGGGCUUCUUGUCCACUAAAUGACAAAAAGAAACCGUUAUUUAGUCCUCUCUCAUGCCCUCAACAAGCCUCCAUAGUUCCUGUGGCAGAGAAAUUUGCCUGCGGGAGCACGCAAGCUGCGGAGAGAGUCAACGCCUUGCAGGAAGGUGUCCGUCUCCUCUGGAAGCCAGCAUGGAGAAGGAGAAGCUGACCAACGCGAGUCAUGGAAGAAGUCCUUUGACCAGGACAUUCUGAGACUGUCCGCCAAGCUGCAGAUGGUGUCCCUGUCGGAACAAGGAGACAGUAGCAGCGAUCUGGACACGAUGAAGAGCAUUGGGUCUUCUCCUUCUCUCAAAACGGUCUGGCGCUGUCACUGAAGAAGAGUCGGCUUCUCUUGAGUCGACAAGUGGGUCUGCUACCGGAGUUACCUUCGCCUGUAGCCAACGUGACUCUCGUAGUCUGCGCAGGGCCAUAAGAUUCCGGACAGUGGCUGAGCGCAGUGAGAUCAGAUCCCGGUCUGCGCGCAGUCACGGCUGUUCCGCGACCGCAGGCCAUUCGGGGACGACGACAGGGACAUCUGUUCGAUGGUGAUGGAUGAUGAAGAAGUUCUCGAAACUCCAGCUUGUCCAGCUUCAGAAAUCAGAAGAAACUGGGUUGGGACAAACAUGACGUCUUGGAUGGUGUGAAGUCUUUCCAGGAUGGACGAACAAGUAAAAGCUAUUAAAGAUCGCCACCAGUCCAAGGGUCAGAAACCCGAACAUUUGGGGUUUGGCGACUUCUUCCGAUAAAAGCUCCGGAGUUCACAAAUACCGAGAAGAAAUGUAGCAAGAACACUAAAGCGUGUAUCAUGGAUGUAAACAGUGGAGUGAGACCUGCUUGGUGUCGUCACAAGUCACCUGCUGCAUGUAAACUGCCAUUGUAAACAUGGUGAUUGCCUCCAGGGUGCAGAACUUUACAUCACUUCCUGAAGAAAGCACCAAAGAUGUUCUUCGCCUCUACCUCAUCUUCCUUGAAUGUAGACACCUCCAGGGUUGGUUCAAGUGCUGACUGUUGUCACCGAGGUGCUUGCUGUCAUUUACGGUCGUCAUCGCAAGUGUCGCCGGGCCGUGAGCUGUUAGAUGUUUCUUGCAACACAAUUGUGUUUGAAUAACAACUCAAACCAAGCAUUAUUGAGAUUCUUCAUCUUUUUGUUCGUUGUCUUUAGUUUU